AUGUUGGUCGGAAAGUCAAUACUGCAGGAUCUAUUUCGCACGAAGUUAAGCUGCGAUGAAGAUAUUGGCGAAGAGUACCGCGUACGCUGGGACAAUUGGAAAAGCCAGUUACCUGCCCUGGAACGUUUUUCUAUGGAGCGAUGUCUCAGACCUGCAAACUUUUGUACAGUUGUCUCUAGACAGAUACACAGUUUUUCUGAUGUUAGCUCAACGGGUUACGGUCAAGUUACAUACCUCAGAAUCAAGAAUGAGAAAGGAGAUGUCCAUUGUGCGUUCCUUAUGGGGAAGGCCCGCGCAGCUCCCGUGAAGAUCAUGACAAUUCCACGCCUUGAGCUUACCGCGGCCACAGUUUCAGUUAGAGUGGGAGAAAUGAUUGCAAUAGAGAUAGACGAACCUCCUGAGAGCAAGACUUAUUGGAUGGACAUUACAACUGUUUUGAAUUACAUCCGAAAUGACAAGAAGCGCUUUCACGUGAUUGUAGCGAAUCGCGUGCAAACAAUAAGAGAUGCUACGAAUCCAGUGGAGAGCGAAUGGCCUCAACCUCCUAGUGACUUGGACGAUGUUUCGAAUAAUGAUCCUGAGGUUAAGAAGGUUCUUGUGCACAGCAUGAAUGUUGAGGAGACCGCAGACCUUUUGAAGAGGCUCGCACACUUUUCCGAGUGGCACCACAUGAAAAGAUCUAUUGCCUGGAUACUCCAUCUAAAACCAAACUCUAAUGACAGGGCAUUGCUUCCCAAGGAUAGACAAGACAAAGUGGGACGCACAGCAAGGGUGAAAUGCGAACCCCUUAGAGUAGAAGAGCCGGACAGAGCAGAGAAGACCAUUCUGAACCUGGUACAAAGCAGUGCAUUUCCUAAAGAGAUAGAAGCUCUGCAGAGAGUUCGACGGGUAGAUUGUGAGAAUGACCGCCAGUUCGCGAGGAAAAUGAAGUCCGAAAUUAAGAAAUCUGGUACCUUGUAUCGCCUUGAUCCUUUCUCGGACCAGGACGGACUCGUACGUGUUGGCGGAAGGCUAAGCAAGUCACAAGAGUUUUCAGAACACUUUAAGCACCCUGUUGUCCUCCCUAAGAAGAGUUUCAUCGUGGACCUCAUAGUUCGCGACGCCCAUAAGAAGGUUCCCAUGCAGGCAGUGGCAUUACGCUGCGCCAGCUAA